CAGAAAGCCAUAAGCGAGCGUGAGAGCAUCGCUGGGUGAAGUAGACAACAUGUAAAGGCAGCAUGAAGGACGAGUGCUCGGCUCCGGGAGGCUCACAGCAGGUGCGCGAGGGGUGAAGCAGCUCCUCGCGGAGAAACAGGCUGCCGUUUCACCAUGUCCACCGCAUCCCUUCAACUCACUGGCGAGACGACUGUGUUGAUCUUGAAUCACACUGGAUGGAAAGCAGUGAAGUUCCUUUAAGAUGACACGAACGCAUCCCCCUGAUAUACUGGCAUCGACUCUAUAUCGGGACUUUACUCUAAAUCCCAUCACUGAUCACCCCAUUUCUCUAAACUCCUCCCGGCAAUGUGACUUGAAAAUGAUCGACAAACCAGAAAUCAUCAACAAAAGACACUGCCGUAGCUUUGACUUUAUUGAGUCACUGGAUGACCCGCAGUCCCUUUCUUCCUCAAUGGAGUAUCCUUACAAGAGGGCUGAGCACCAGACAUUAAACAAAGAUCUAAUGUGGAAUGGACUAGAUCAAACGGGGCAUCUUCGCUUUUCGUCUCCUGAUCUGUUCAACACCAGGCAGUUCCAGCAGCACACCAACCAGGACAAAACCAGCCAUCUUACAUGGUCAGACUCUAAAAAGAGAACAAGAUCUAGAAGCGCUCCAAGAAUUAAGUCCACCCUCACUCCUGUGCCCAUCUCAGUGUCUCCUCCAGGAGCCAGGAAGGGGAGGGAUGCGCCUCCGGCUGCGUCAGAUAGCUUGAGGACUUCUGAAACACAUAGAGAAACCUACUCCUCUAACAGGCCUUUUUUGAAUGAGGUGCAUCCUAUCAAACUGCAGCCUCAGCCUCCCCUCUAUGUCUCAGACUGUUUUGAAGAGGAUAAACCAGAAAAACCAGCCAUAACCCCUCAUGUCAGGUGCCGUGUGGACAUCAAACCAGAUGCUGCUGUACUGCAGCACACAGCUAGGCAGGUUCCGCAUGUACGGACUGAGCAUCUUUGGCAGAGAUACUCACAGGCCAGUAGCAGUAGAGGUUUGUAUGUACCUCGACAGAUUGUCUCCUCACCAACGCCCACUCCAAGCGAAUGCUACAGUGGAGAUUUUAGACAAGGAUACCACUAUACCACCAGCAUGUCUCCCAUCUCAUAUCUAGACAUGCACAGAAUGCCAUCACCAACAGCACCAUAUCUGAGUCAAGAACAAAGAGCUUACUCAAAUCCUAACAUACCAACCAAGUUUUUCUAUACAGAGGACCCUGUUCGGUAUCCAGUCCAUCCCUACUCAAGAGCUUACUUUCAGGAUGACAGGUCCAGUCUAACCAGCCAUGGUAGUACGAUGACUAGUCAGUAUGAUCCAAGGACUCGAUGGGUGCAUACCCUUCCUGUCAGGUCGUAUUAUACGGACAACCUUUCUAACAGAGAGCCAGCACACUCUGUGUACAGUAGGCCUUACUCCACCAGUGAGGCAGGGUCGUACUUUUCUCAAACUCCACUGUCUAGAUCUUACUACGGAGAGGACAACCGGUUCAACCCAUACCAUAUGAGUAACCCAAGGUUGUUUUAUUCCAAACCAUGCUCUCCUGAGGAGCAGUAUUUUGCAUCAAGGCCAUACCAUACAGAGGGUCGUCGACGCCCUCGGAUGUCGCAGGCUUUUUCAGAUGACUGGUAUCGCUCGAGUAUAUCUGGUUACUCUAACCAGUCCUCUCAGCACACACCACCAAGAGUAAGGCAAGACUUCAGCAUGCCCCCAUGGUUUACUAACAGCUGUGGGGAGACAAGUAGACUUGGAGCAGAGGUCAGAAACCACUCUAAGUCUUGGGACAAUAUUCUGUAUCCACGGCAUGACAGAGAGCAAUCAGUGCCUCGUGGACGAAGCUAUGAGAACCUGUUUCAACAAGCAAAGCAAGCAGCAUCCUCUGAUGUUACAUCUCAACCAGUUAUACUUAACCUGUCAAGUUCACCAAGGCGCUAUGCUGCCCUUUCACUUUCAGAGAGCUCGCUGGAGAGAGGCUCAAGUAAUCCAUGGCGAAAUACCAAGAGUGGGCAGUGGUUUGUAACUCCUGAGAUCACAAUAACAGAUAAUGACAUAUGUGCCGGCAACAGCAAGCGACGCGAUGUGCACUCUGUCAGCUGGGACACACUGGACGGCGAAAAGACACCAUCUCCAAGGGUAAUGCAUCACAAACAGCCACAAAUUACACCGGACAUAACCAAAGAGAGGAAGCAUAACAACUUCUCCCUCCAACAGAGUCUAGAACAACUGGAUGAACUCUUGGCUGAUUUGGUUGUUGAUUACAAACCACCAACUAGUAGAAAGUCAAGUGAAAACCUUUUAGACCAGCUGAAACAGCUAAUUACAGAAGAUGAUGACAUAGACAGAGGAUCUUCUGGGCUCGAAAACUUAGGAUGUCUGAAUACACAGCUCCCAUCCUCGAAAUCUAGCCCUGACACAAUCAAAGACCCUGAUAGUGGGUGUGAUGCUCUACAAAGGAGUGCAGAAGAAUGUUCUCCAGACCACAGCACAGAUGAAGACGACACAAUGGUGUGCGCUAACAAGAAGUGCAACCGGCUUGAGAGUAUGUUCAACGCCUGCUUGUACUUUAAAUCAUGUCACAGUUGCUACACCUUUUACUGCUCAAGAAACUGUCGCAGGGAUGACUGGGAGAUCCAUAAAGAGACCUGUCUGUACGGCCGUGUUAACAGUGUGUGUCGACACACUCUUAAGUUCUGCAGAGAAAAUUCAGAGAUCCACAAAGCUUUCUCUCGUGUUGCUAAAGCUGGCUACCUCUCCAGGGGGAGAGGCAUUCUCUUUCUGGGUUUUGCUAAUCCGGAGACAGCUGACAACUUCCUCCAAGUUGGGCUCGAGAGCCUCCUCAUGUCUCCCACAUACCUAUCUCUUAGAGAGCUGGAUGGCUUCAAGGACAACCUAGGUGAAUACUGCAAGGAACUGCAGCUGGCAGGUAACGAGUAUGACCCCAAUGAAUGUUUCCUUCUGAAUGUAUCUGUAGCUGUUGGUGAACUAGUGCCUAACAGACCUUCACCAAGGGUCCAAGCGCCAACAGUUCGAAAAUAUGCAAAGGUGUCCUUAGCCUCCUCAAGCCCUGACAAAAAGGUACUCAGGAAAGAUGGUGAAAUGGAAACCCUCAUCCUCACUCCGCCUCCAGGCACACCGGACAUUGACAAGGAGGGGGAGGAGGGAAGGAAAGCCAGAGAGGUGUGCUUUGUCAAUAUCCAGCGUGAGCUCAGGACCAGGGGAGUCUUCCUACGUCACGAGUACCCCAAAAUCUAUAAUCAGCUGUGUGAGUUUGUGGAGAGCAACAAAAGGUUCACUCCAACUACUAUUUACCCGAUAGAUAAGAGAACAGGGAAACAGUUUAUGUGCAUGAUCAUGGCUGCGUCCGAGCCAAGAACACUGGACUGGGUGGGUACACCUCAUCUCUUGGAUGAUAUUAUAUAGUACAGCACUAAAUAGUCAUGAUAAUGAUGUCAGCUACAUGAAAUGUACAUGCUGUAAAUACAUGGUGUGGUUUAGCAAACUGAGCAUUGAUAUGGACACAUGUAUAUAGUAUAUGUGACAAAUCUCUCUCUCUCUGUCUCUCUCUCUCUCUCUCUCUCUUAUUUCUCUCUCUCACUACACACACACACAAAGAUACACACAUGCAGUAUAUACCAGCCCGGUCUUAUUUCCAACUUGUCAAAUUUGACAUAACAGUAUACAGACGCUUUGUCACUAACUUUGCCAUCUGAUACCAACGCACAGGGCACCCUUUAGUAUCUGUAUGAGACACACAUGGCCUUCCAUUAACUUCAAUGCCAACCUAUCUGUGGCAAUGUUAGACGUAUAGAGUAAUGGAUAGGUCUGUUUAGGGUCCUGGACAACCAGGAGACAGGUCUUUGUGUCACAUGUGAAACCAAGAGUCAAUGUUGUUAUUUGGAGCCAACCUGCAUAACUGGUUAAAUAUACAGUGGCAUACAGUGGUUAAAUGCAAAAGGUGUUGUUUUUAAGCCCAACCCUGUUCUUUUACCCAAACCUUAGUCAAGUGGUUUUAUUCCCUAAAGUUAACAAUUUCCUGUAAACACAGAAGUUUAUUUUAAAAAGCUAGUAUGCAUGUUACUAGCAGAAACUGACACAACAUCCCUGACACGUCCAAAACCGAUGCAAAAGGGUCCCUUGUGCAUUAUCUGUCUGACAAGUUGAUAUGAGAAUGUGUUGUAUAUACACAGACUUUAAAAGGUUGCCCUAUGUUGUUUUUGGCUUGUUUUGAUCCUGUUGCACUCAGAAGAGUUAAUAGCCUGCAUGUAGACUAGGCACAAGUUAUCCAGGUGUUUAAGAUGUGAACAUGUAUGAUCUGUGCAGUUUCAGCAGACAAUGUAUGAAGCACACAAUAUUUAUGAAGAACACAUCUCAUUGCCACCACAUGAUAGUAGGCACAGCCAGUGCUCAUAUCGUCAUCCAUUAUUGAUUUCUCCAACAAAUGUUAUAUCAGAAAUUUAUAUAUACCUUGUCACAGUGGUUGUAAUAUUACAACUGUUUAUUAGUACUUAAGUAUUAUUUCCUAAGUAUACUGUAGUUGUGUGGGUACUUUUUAUUAUUGCCAUAUUACUUAUUGUUUGAUAGACAAAAAGAACAAUCAAACCACCUAUUUGUUUCCCACUUCAUUAAAAAUUUUAGUUGGAACUUAUUUCAUCUUGUGAUAAGACUUGAUGUCAUUCUUGUAUAAAUUGCUUUGUUUGAAAGUGGCCUUCAGUCGAAAAAAAAAUGCAUUUGACACAAAGCAAUGUAUAGAUUUAGCUAUUUCUAAAGGCUUGACAGCUCUUGACUUAGGUUGUUUAAAGUACCAUUGUAAAUGAAUAAUUAUUUUGCUCAAAGCAUGUUAUUUAUAUUCAGGUAUUUUAUUAUUGAUAUUUGCUUAUAAUUAAAUUUAUUAUGUUAAUGAGAUACCAUUUGAUGCUUAGAAAUGUAAGAGGUAUAUUAUAUAUAUUGAAUAUUAGUAAAUUUGAACAUCAUGACCUUGAGACCUUAUUGUAACUAAUACCACAGUAUGUUCUUAAACAAUAUGCAAUAAAAGAGCAACCUUAAAAUCUAUAUUGUAAUUCCUAUAUUAAAAUCCUAUUUUAUUAUUAAUAUUGAAUAAUCCCCUGGAGCCAAGAGCUGCAAAGACUUUGUUUGCACUAAAACAUAAAUUAUAAAAUAAGAAUGUUCCUAACACAGCUGCAGCACUGAACCCAGAUGUGAUGACAUGCCUGCUUCCAUUGCCAUUGUUGACUAAUCUAAGGUUGCUCUUUUACUUGAGACAUAUAUAUAUAU